AUGCUAAGAAGACUCCGGCCAAGCAGUUGGGUUAUGCUUCAUGAGACUGAAAGAUUUAUCCUGCUCCCUAAUGAACGGAUCAUGUAUACCUCUCCACCUCGAACAUCCCUUUUGCUCCAAAGCAGCAACCCCGGAUCAGGCAAUGAUCAACUGUCAAUACAGAGCCACACCGGCUGUGUUUACCUUACUAACCAACGAAUCGUAUAUCUUCCUGCGCACCCGACUUCAGAAUUUCAGUCGUUCUCCGCUCCUAUGCUAAAUCUUCAGGACACUUACGUUUCAGCUCCAUUCUUUGGGCCCAACGUCUGGACCGCACAGGUUAAACCCGUUGCCGGGGGAGGCAUACCCGCUUCAAACGUCUCUAUCCAGCUAAAGAUGACCUUCAAAGACGGUGGAGCGUUUGAUUUUCACUCCGCUUUCGAGAGAAUCAAGGAGCGUCUUCAACAGGCAAUGGAACAUGCGCAGGAGACUCGCAGUGGCACGAAUGCUUUUGCCCCCGUGAACUUCUCCGAAGUUCAUCUGGAGGAGCUGCCUGCAUACGAAGGGCCUGGUAGGCCUACAGAGCCGGAUGAUGCCAUAGGAUUACCAGCCUUCUCACCAGUUGACCCGCGUGGCCAAAAUGAAUAUGUUUCGAACCAACAAACUAACACCGGCAUAAGGAGAGACAGCUCGACGGAGACCCGCGAUACGAACCCAACGGAACCGCCUCCUGGUUACGAGGAGGUUCAGCAACAGAGUGUUGCAAAUGCUCUUGAAGCACGUAUACGCAGCUACCAAUGA